GCUAUCCUCAGAAGAGCAACAGAAUCCCAACACUUCUUAAAAAUGAAAUUGUCGAUCAUCGCUCUCGCUUUCUUUGCUGUGGCUUUUGCUGCACCUCAAGGAGACAAGAAGCCCAUUGAGAUUAUUUCGUCCAACAUCGAAACAAAUGCUGAUGGAAGCUAUUCUUUUGCAUUCGAGAGCGCCGAUGGCACGAAAGUUUCAGAAAGCGGCAACCAGAAACAAGUCGGAUCUAAACCCGAAGACAUUGGAACCGUCUCUAAAGGAUCUUACUCUUACACCAGCCCCGAUGGCGUCGUCAUCACCGUCAACUGGGUUGCUGAUGAGAACGGUUUCCAGGCCACCGGUGAUCAUUUGCCAACUCCUCCCCCGAUGCCCGAGCACGUCGUCAAGCUCCUCGCCGACUUGAAAGCUGCUGGUCUUCUGUAAACUGUUCCCGUAUUACCUG